CUUCUGCUCUCAAAGGAGUUUCAAUCCAUCGGUUUUCUUUUAUCUUCUCAGGUUAAUCAUACAACAAAAGAAUAAAGCAGAUGAGGCAAGUCAUAAAGAAAGCAGAAGCAAAAAAAGAAAGAGCAGUGGUUUUUCAAUGUAUAAAGGGGUGACAAGACACCAUCAUCAUGGAAGAUGGAAAGCUCGUAUCGGCCGAGUGGUUUGGAACAAGGACCUCUAUUUGGGGCCGUUUAGUUGGUUAUGUUGGCGAGGAUGUAGAAUCUUUAUCGUACAAAUUACUCGAGGUACUAGCAGAUGCUAUUGCGCUAUAAAAAGUUCUGAUGUGUUGAUGAGAGUAGGUAGAGACUUCACAGAUCUUUGUGAAGGAAUGGUUCUAUUAGCAUAUUAUCUUAACUUUGCAGGUUCUGCAAUUAGAGCAUUUCUUAUGAAUCAAGUGCAUAGUUUUUGAAUGUUGCUUUAUUUUAACACUCAGUAAAGGGCUAUAUUUUAUUACCUUGUCAUGUUGAUAUCACUUUAUUUUAUCGUUUCAGGUCAUAGACUAGGAUGUUCAAAACUUGGCAUGUAGAAGACUUCAUUUUGAUCAAGCGUUGAAGAAAAUGUCGUGUCAUUUGUUAUCUAGUAUUGCAGCUAUUUGAUACACUAGUUAUUAGACACAAAAUGACACUAGCUACUGGAUCUAGUUAAAAAAAAAUUGUGAUGUUGUUGACACUUUUGAUAUUAUGGAUUACUUCUUGUUUUUGUUUA